AAGAAGAAUACCAAGAGCAAGAAUCUGAAAAACGCAUGCAAUUAGAAGAAAAAAAAUUGCAAGACGCCGAAAAACAAAGGCAAGACGCCGAAAAGCAAAGACAACAUGAAAAAGAAAAAAUGGAAUUCGAAAGGCAAAAAAUAAAGAAAAUAAAGAAAGCAUUCCAAUUCAAGGUCACUCAAGUAUGUUUGACAAAUACAGAUUAAUGAACAAAAUAUCGGCUUUCAACGAAAACAUUGACAAUAUGGACUCGUAUCUCAUAAGAUUUGAAGAAAUAGCUACAACAUCCGGUCUACCUGAAGCACAUUGGUCGAGCUCACUCCUCACCCUUUUGACUGGCAAAGCUGUCAACAUUUGCUCACAACUGUCCAUCAAUGAACGCAGCACUUACUCUGAUAUCAAGGAAGCUCUACUGCGCCAAUACGGAGCAACUUCAGCCAACUAUAGAAAGAAAUUCUAUAAUGAAAGGCCACAGCAAAAUGAUGAUCCUCAAAUUUUUGUAGCUAAUAUGUCAAUGUGGUUUGAUAGAUGGGUAUCCAUGGCAAAAAUAGAAGAAAGUUACCAAGCUCUUCGUCAACAUAUUAUUAUCGACAACAUCACCCAUGCUCACUCAGAAGAUAUUCAAUCCUACAUUAUAGAGAGAAAUCCUACUGGUAUACAGACAUUAACCAAGAUCAUCAGACAAUAUAGAGCAGCCUAUCCAAACAAGUCAGUCAAACCAUCUGUUGAAGAAAAUUUUGUCUGCUUUGCUCAAGACAAAAAUGCAAGAUAUAAGUCAGAUGACAAAGUCAAAUGCAACAAAUGUCAUAAACUAGGGCAUUUCACGUCUCAAUGCCGCAGCAGAACCACAGAAUGUUCAUAUUGCCAUAAAAAGGGUCACCAAACUCAUGAAUGUUGGAAAAAACAGGCAGUCUCCAAAAAUCAAAAUUUUGACAGACCCACAUCACCAACUCAAAGAUACAGCAAUAGAGAGCAAUACAAUCUCAACAAAGCACCUGGAAACAAUAAACCAGAUAACAACAAACCUCGCUACAGAAGACAUUCACAGGACUCCAGACCACAAUAUAUGCCAAACAGAAGCUCAUAUAACAGAAGCUAUUACAAUGAGCAUUCAACUAUGACAGUCAUUGCAAAAUCCAAUGGUCUCAAAUUUUAUCCAGGCUUUGUAGGAGACAAGAAGGUGGAAGUUCUUCGUGACACCGGAAGCACGUCCACAUUAGUACAUGAACGCUUCGUACACGCAAACCGUUUCACAGGCAACCACGUCCAAGCCACUGCAUUCAACGGAACUGUCAGCAAGUUACCUGAAGCCAUCAUUUAUGUUACUACACCAUUCUUCAGUGGUCCAACAAAAGAAUUAGUAACACCCAAUCUACCAGUGGACCUAAUCAUUGGAAACAUAGAAGGAGUUAAAGAAUGCACUCCUCAAGAACUUACUGAAUGGACAAAUGCCAUACAGCAAGGUCAAAAAUGUUUGGCAGUAAUGACAAGAUCCAUGUCCAGACAACAAGAACAUUUGGCACCUGAACAAGUUAGCCAAAAUAAUCACAUGGCUACCCCAGUUACUCAAGUUAUGCAGAAUGCAUCAGAACCAGUUACUAGUCCAGUAGCCAGCAACAAUCAAGAACAUUCAACAUGGACACCCCCAGUUACAUCAAACCCAUCCCUACCGGUCAUAAGUCCACCUCCAAUUCCCGAAUGUCCAUUGUUGAACUUUGAAGAACAAGACGACAUGCCCAGAGUCUCUAACAAUGAUACAAGAACUCUAACUGGCCAAACUGAAGUCCAUCAAGACAAGUCAUAUUUCACACAUGAUGACUUCAAAGAAGAACAGAAACGAGAUCCAACAUUGCGAAUACUUUAUCAGAAGGCUCAAGCAAACAAACAGCUGAAUCUACCAAAUAAACCAUAUUUUCAAGAUGGCCUCCUGGUGAAAAAUGCCAUGCAUAAAGACAAUUCCAUUCAGCAAAUAAUAGUGCCACAGAAAUACAGGAAAGAAAUACUGGCAACAGGACAUAACAUUCCACACGCCAGCCAUAUGGGCGUAGUCAAAACUAAAGCCAGAAUCCUCAAAGAAUAUUAUUGGCCUAGCUUGAACAAAGAUGUCAAGAAAUACAUUAAUAAAUGUUUACAUUGUCAAUGGGAUCAUGAUGAGAAACAAACUCAAAAGAAAAGCAACAUAACUAAAAGAAAGAAUGAACCAGACUACAAAGUCAGAAUCGACAACAAUGAAUCUAUGAAUCAUGACUCAAGUAAAUCUACAGGGACAUCACUGCCUACUACAUGUCCAUCCCUACCCACUACAUGUCCAUCCCUACCUGACAAUACAAGCCCGUCCCUACCAAGUACUUUCCCAUCCCUAACCAUUGAUGAUGACUUCAUACAUCAAGACUUGAAUAAGACUACAUCUGCAUCAAAUACUAUGAUAUGCAUUGAACAUUUUUGCUACAAUCAAGACAAGUCUCAAGAACCAGAAGCAGAAACUAAAGAAACUUAUACUCAAUCAACUUUGGCUAUACCAGACAAAAGAAAAACUUUUCAACUUGACUCUACCACUCAUACAAGUAUUCCUCAUCUGAAAAAAUGUGAGUCAACUCAAGAAGCCAUUACAACCAAGAACAUUGAAAGUCAAAGAAUAUUACAUGAACACAUGAAAUCAAGAUACUUUGCUCAAGGAGAUCAAGUCAAUUUACUGUUACCAGAUUGGAGUAACAAGCUAUUCUACAAAUGGCAGGGUCCAUUUACCAUCACCAGAAAGAUUUCCAACCUGCUUUAUGAAAUCAAUGUCAACAAGGUUACCAGAGUAUUUCAUGUUCAUAUGUUUGAACAUUACCAUGAAACAGAUAAUGAAGACAUCAAAGCAGAAGUUGAUAAUUUUACAAGCUUAGCAACUAUUCCUGAGGAAGAAGAAACAUCAUCAACACCCAUUCCUGAGAUAGAUGUUUCAUUACCAGCAUCAAAUCAAAUUGACAUUCCAAAGGUCAUCACUCUGGAUGACAUAGCACUACAGCAAGUGAAGGACACUAAAGUGUUUCCAGACCAUGCAGAUUUCUUUACCGGUAUUUCUGAAACAUUCCCAAUACUGCAAUUUGAAAACAACUCAGAGAGCAACAACAUUGACAACACCAAGUUUCAUCCUCCUUCUACUCAAGGGGCAACUUUUCUUCAGAAAGGAACAAAUGAACUUCUUCAACAUUGCUGUAUUGACCGAUUGAACUCAGACAUGUUCAGUCAUUGCUCUAUUGAACAUUCUAAUGCAAAGCAUUCUGCUACCAUUGUUCUACAGCGUCAAAGUUCAUCAACCAGAAAAUUGAGUUUUGGUUUCGGACAGUUCUUAUUUUCACCAAACUCAAACGCGGUUCAAUCAGACAUUAUCUGUGAGAUCAUUAUGACAUGGAGACAACAGCUUCAUAAACUGAAAAACCUUUUUUUCAAGUUUAGAAAACGCGUACACACAUCCAUGACGGCAACUCAGAAGGGUUCUGAACUUCACACUUAUAUUUUAUACAUGUACUAUAGCAUAUUUAGUGCCACUUGAUCCAUUAUCAUUCAUACUCGUCAAUGAAGAACAGUAUUCAGUUGUACCUAAUCAAAUAAUUUGUCUACUCAUUUUUUCCACAGGUAUUCUAUAUCAGAUGUUACAUUUAUUUUAGCACCAAGCAACCCACUGAGGAAGGUCAUUCAUUCAAGAUACUUUGUUUAUUAUGUUUCAGCAUCUUUGCAUAUGACAUGCAUCAGACAUUUUAAUUUUUAAAUCAUGAGCAUUUUAUUUCAGGUAUAUUAUUAUUGCAUAUAUCCUAUUAUAAUAGUACAGAUACAUGACAGACAAUUGGAAUUUUUCAUGUUGAGAUUUAUAUCACAUUGAGUAUUAUUUUCUCAGAAGAUUGUCAUGUACUAUCACAAUUAUUUUUUCUAUGUCAAUUUUUCAUAUGCAAUAUAUUUUUCCAUAUACACAUUUUCACAUUAGUACUAACCAAAUGAGUUAUAAUGUCAUAUUUUAAUUUCAUCAUGAAGCUUCAUAACCUAUUCAAUUCAAGAUUUAAUUUAUCCAAGUAUUAUGCUUUGUACAAUUUUUGAUAUUGUUCAUGACAAGCAUUGUCUCAUUUUCAUAACCACUUGAAUAGUGAGACAGGUAUUCAAAGUCAUCAAUAAUUUUAUUCACUGCAUUUACAUAUUUUUCAUCUCCAAGUUGACUUUAUUUUGUCAUAUGUUACCUCAACCAUUUUUCUAUAGUUUCAUGUAUGGUAUUUUAUGUAUACAUAUGAGCAUUUCUAUUACCAUACAAAUGCUAAAUGGAGGGGGGGGGUAAUAUGUCACAGAUUACAUUAUAGAAUUGUUUGUACAUUUCACUUUUGAAAGAAAUAUAAGCCCUCGACAUGAGUCUCGGGAUUUAAUCCUCAAAUUUAGACACUUGACAUUCAAGUCAGGAUUUACCCAAGGGACGUAAUUAGUAUGUUUGAAAUAUAUUGGUUGAUUUGAAUUUAAACAAAGACAUUUUUGAAAAGAGUUAGCGCCAGAGAAUUGGCGGUAGUAAGAAAGAAAAGUCAGUCGAUAAAAUAAUGUCCUUGUAGACAGUCACGUUUCUAAGAGCUCUGUUGGAAAAGCCUUUGUAAUAUGUUUCAUGCUCAUUGAUUUGUAAUUUGUACAUAAACUGUACUUACGUUGUAUUUAAUAAAGUUCCAGAGUUUUGUUUUAUCAAAGAAUCGUCAAUUGUGAUUCUAGAUCGUCAUUUUUGUUAACUAUUGAAUUCAAGUAAAAUCCCCGGCAUAACAACACAUCAUACCAUCUAAAUGUUGUU